UUAAUUACAAACUUUCUAGUUGCAAGUUUAUGUCUGAUUUUCCCGGGAAAAAAACCUUGACUUUUUCAAGUCGUCUCUCUCCCUUUUAUCAUUUUUCUUUUAGCGUAAUGAAUUGAAUCAACAAGAAGACUUGAAGCUUAACAUCAAACUUACACCUACUUCAGACUUUCUCUGGGCAGAUUUUUUGGCAUCAUCUUAAUUUGAAUCGGAAUUUCGUGAGGAAGGUUAGAUACCGUCACUUGCUGAAUGCCUGGUGCUAAGGAAAAGGGUUGAAAUGAUAGAAGAAUAUGGAGUGUUGAUGGAGCAAUUGAGGUUUUAAUAAUCAUAUUCAUAUGCUUCUCGUAGAGGAUUUUAAGCAAAAGGCUAAUUAUAUCUCUGGCAAUGGAGUUUAUACCCAUUGGGACAAUCUUGGCUGUGCUAACAAACCAGGUGGCCAAAACAUCUAGUGCUGCUAAGGAUGUUGUUUUUGAGAAAGAGAGCUUUAGGGUUUUGUCAAAGCACUUAUCUGACAUUGAACCUGUCUUAAAGGAAUUGCAACUUCAAGAGCUGAACGAGUCUCAGGCUGCAAGACAAGCUCUAGAAGCUCUUGAAGCAGAUGUUAAAAGGGCCAAUAACCUGGUUGAGAAGUAUACUCAGCGAGCCCGGUUCUACUUGCUUCUCAAGUGCAGACACAUUGUUAAAGAGGUACAAGAUGUUACAAGAGAUAUUGGAAGAUCUUUAGCUUCUUUAUCCCUUGCAAACACAGAAGUACUUCAUAGAAUAUCUGAUCAAGUCCAUAGGCUACAAAAUGAGAUGCAAAGAGUGGAAUUCGAGACUUCAAGCUCUCAACUUCAAAUUGUUGACAAGCUUGACCAGGGUCUUAGGGAUAACAAACUUGACCAAGCUUUUGCAAAUGACAUGCUAGAGGAAAUAGCAAUGGCAGUUGGGGUGCCCAUUGAGCCGUCAGCGAUAAGCACAGAGCUUGCAAAUUUCAAAAGAGAAAAGGAGGAGGCUGACUUCAGGAAAGAAAGGGCUGAAGUUUUCUUCUUUGGUCAGGUUAUUGAGCUCCUCUCUCGAGCUGAUGCAGCUAGGGACUAUGAAGAGGUCAAGAAGCAAUACGAACAGCGUGUUCAGGCCAUUGAGAGAUAUAAUUCAAGAGAAGAAUACAUUUUACCACUUAAUUCUUUUCUUUGCUGCAUAAAUGGAACUGUGAUGACUGAUCCUGUCAGCCUUUGUACUGGCACUACAUGUGAGAGAGCUGCCAUUGCAGAUUGGUUUGAGAGUGGUAAGAGAACAGACCCUGAUACUCAUGAAGUUCUUGAAAAUACUUCUUUUCGCUCAAACCUUCCUUUGAGACAAUCAAUAGAAGAGUGGAGAGAGCUAAAUUACUGCCUUAGGAUCAGAUCUUCCAAUGAGAAGUUGCUAUCAGGUGUUGAUAAGUCCAUGGAUGAAGCCCUAAAUCAAAUGCAAGAUCUUAUGAGAGAGAGUUCAAUUAACAGAGAUUGGAUUUCCAUAGAAGGAUUCAAUGACAUUAUAGUCAAUGUUCUUCGAAAAUCACACAACAAUGAUUUGAAAAGAAAGAUUUUGAUCACCUUAAAGUAUUUUGUUGAAGGCCACACCAGAAACAAAGAAGCACUCAUUGAAUCCCAAGGUUGGAGUCUCGUUAUUCGCUGCUUAGGGCAUGAUGCAAUCAUCUCCAAGGCUGCUAUUGAAUUGCUUUAUGAACUGCUACAAGACAGGUCUGGUUGGAAUGUGUCUGUUUGCAGAAAACUCUCUCAAAAAAGCAAUGCUAUUCUUUUUCUUGUCACUCUUUUGAAGGGUUCUGUGCAAGAGACAGCUGAGAUUGCAGAAAGUAUCAUGUUGAAGCUUCUUGACAUUGAUGAAGAGACUAUACAUCGUGCAGCCAAGGCUAGUUGGUAUAAACCACUUAUUGAUUGCAUAGUUAAGGGGCCAGAGUGUUCAAGGAUAUCAUGUGUGAGAAGUAUUGUUAACAUGGAAUUGUCUGAUUCAAAUUUGAAGCAUUUUGGAGAAGAAGGGGUUAUACCUCCUUUGAUUGAGAUGGCAUCUGGAAAUAUUGAUUCGAAAGAAUUCUCCUUAUCUGCAUUGGUAAAGCUAGCAGGUUGCCGUGCUAAUAAAAAGCCCAUUGCUGAAACUGGUGGAGUUGACUUUGUGGUAAAUCUUAUGUCCACCCCCAAUGUACCUACCUUCAUUGUUGUCAAAUGUUGUGAGGUCCUUGAGAAACUCUCUUCUGAUGAUGAUUCCAUUAAAUACUUUGUUGAUAAGAGAGGGACUGAACUUGAGUUAGAGUUAAUUGUCGCCAACUUGUUAGCACUGCUCCAAAAUCCCAACUCUGCCAACAAUGUCCGGAGGCCAGCCCUGCGAGCACUUCUUGGAAUUUGCAAGUUUGAAGCUGGAUUGGUCAAAAAAGCUGUUCUAACUAUCAAGGGUGUAUCUCUAGUCCUUCCUCUUCUUGACGACUCUGAUUCGGAGAUUAGGGAGGUUGCCAUUAAGUUAUUAUUCCUUUUCUCACAACAUGAGCCAGAUGGAGUUGUGGAAUACCUUCUCAGACCGAGAAGGCUGGAGGCUCUAGUGGGAUUUCUUGAGAACGGAGAUAAAGAUGAUUUAAAAAUGUCUGCUGCCGGAUUGUUGGCCAACCUACCUAAAUCAGAAAAAUCACUGACCAUGAAGCUGAUAGAGUCAAAUGGACAUACUGCACUUAUAGAAAUUUUGAAUACUGGUACAAUGGAAGCCAAAGAAAAUGCACUCAGUGCCCUCUUUAGGUUCACAGAUCCUGAAAAUCUCGAGUCACAACGUAUUCUAGUGGAAGCAGGAGCUUACCCUUUGCUUGUAAAUCUUCUCAAGGCUAAUUCAGUGUCAGCAAAAGCAAGAGCUGCAGCUCUGAUAGGCAAUCUUUCAACCAGUACUCCAAAGCUUCCUGUUGAAUCCAAAUCCUCCUUUUGCUGGUGUUUCAAACCAUCAGGUAUUCCUUUAUGCCCAGCUCACGGUGGUAUCUGUAGUGUAACUUCAAAUUUUUGUCUUUUGGAGGCAAAUGCAUUGCCUGACUUGGUAAAACUUUUAGAUGGAGAGGUUGAGGAAAUUGCUUUUGAAGCAAUUCAAACACUUUCCACUUUGGUUGAUGAAUCUUGUCCUCAGAAAGGAGCCAUUGUCUUGCAUGAAGCUAAAGCCAUAAACCCCAUCUUGAAUAUUCUAGAUUGGGGAACAAAACAUCUCAAGGAAGAGGCUCUAGGACUCUUAGAAAAGGUUUUUGUGUGCAAGGAAAUAUUAGACAUUUACAGUACCAAAGCCAGGUUUCAUCUUGUUAGUCUAACUGGUGGGAGUGUUCAAGCAGACGGCCGGCUCACGAGGAAAGCUGCCAAGGUCUUAUCACUGGUUGAGCGCUUUUCUAGAUCCUCAACAUCUCUUGUUUCAGUACUGCAUAGCUAAGAAUUUUUGGUCCAAUAUUAAGGUAUAAGAGCACUUUACUUGUAAUUUGUAAAAGAAAAUAUGAUUAUAUUCUUUGGUUACUCUUACUCCAUAUAGUUGUACAAAUUCUUCAAGUUUGGGAUGAAUAAUGAAGUUUGUAUUCACUAGUUUCAGAAGAGAAAAUAUCUGUAUAAAUUGAAUUUAUGUAUUUGGAAAUAAAUUAUUUUUGACUGAGGCCA